AUGGCACCCAUCUCCAAACUCAUUGGUGCCAUCAUUGGCUCCCUCACUGCCGCCAGCACCGUCCUGGCCAUUUCCAUCUCCGAAUACUACUACGGUGAGUGUGACACCCCCGUCAACACAUACUUCUCGGGCUCCAUCCUGACCUACUGGAACACGCACACAGGCAUCUCCAUCGGGUGGACCGAGACCGAGGCGUGCUCGCUAUGGAUCUACAGCGAUAGGAACUGCGAUGACCCCGUGGAGGAGCUCUCAGCCGCCGACGAUGGUCAUGUUUAUCUUGCCUACUUGGCUGAGGGAAUGAUAAAGAGGGGGUUUCGCUAG